AUGGCCACCAAGUGGUUCACCGGCGCGCCCUUCGGGGUGCAGAGCCACAGGUUUGACGUCUCCGCUGUUUAUCCCAGCCAGAAGAAGUUAAGCACCUUCACGGAAGCUCCAUACUCCAGGGUUUACUCUGUGGACGUGUCCCACAUAGGACCCGGGACCUAUGGCUUCAAGGAGACCUGCUUCAGCAACAAGAAACUGAAGAAAGAGGUGGGCACAGGCUGGGCCAAGGCCCAGGAAGCCACCCGGCUGACCCAGCUGCCCCACUUCCAGUACCAGGCCAUCAUGAAAGAGAAGCGGCAGCAGAAGGAAAAGCUGGGGCCUGGCUCCUACAACUUCAAAGACUUCCUAGAAGAGCUGCAGUCAAAACCAGGCAGCACUCGUGGGCUGCUCAGCUCUGGGGAGAUUCGCUUCCGAGGACUCAUUGGGAACUACUAUCCAGGGCCUGGAAAUUAUGGGGAGAAGGGCAACCCAUUCACGAAGCUGGAGGAGAGUGCCUGGAACCGGUCUCACUCCGAGGGCCUCAUGUGCAGAAUGGCCAACCAGCGGCGCCCCUUGGCUCACCAGGGGAGUGGUCUGGCACCGGGCACUUACACCUUCAAAAGUGGCAUCGAAGUGUGCCUGGCAAAAGUCACGGGCACCCGUGGUCCCUACGACAUCUUCUCUGGUGACCGAAGCAAGCCCCAGCCUUACGGACAUUACUCUGUGCAGAAAAAAAGACCCAGGGAACUGACAAAUUUCCAGAGCUUCGUGGAGGAACUUAACCUGCAUCACAAUAAGAAGCGUGGAGUUUUUUCAAAAGUUCCUCGCAAUCUGAAAACCCCUACAGAAAGAAUCUAUUGGGCCACCCUUAGCCAGUGCCCCCGAAAACUAGCUACAUCUGGUCCUGGUAUGUGGCUUCCUCCAGAGAAGGAGUGCAAACACACCAACCAGCCUCCCUUCCUGCUGUCCUCCAAGCGGUCAGGCAUGAAGGCCUACCAGCUGAUCCUGGGAAACUGGAACCCCGUAGGGGUGGGUCGCUACCUCAACACCCAGCUGUUGGAGACAAAGGACCACCGGCAGCGAUACCGGUCCCUGUUCAUGGGUGGAUCCAAGCGCUACCCCUCGGACCCAGUCCGGGAGAGGAUCAUGCAGGAAAGAAUCACACCUUUUACUAAGGGGAAGUGUGUGCCAACUGUGGAUCAUAAUUCAGAUCCUUAAAGCCGCCCAUGAAGGACAACCUGCAGUGACCGGAGGACCUGAAACCUG